ACCAAUAUGGCGGCGCCCGGUUGGCACGUAGGGCGUUAUAUUCAGAGAAACAGCCGAUUUUUGCUAAAUAACUUCGAGCAGUUAUGGGGUCACAGGAGUUUUGCUUGGACUCCGGCUCUGCAACAACAAGCUGCAGAAGCUAAUAAAGAAUCUACAGAGACUAUUGUCAUCCCCAGGAAGAAAGCAUGGAGCAAGGAGGCAGUUCUGGAGGCUCUGGCUUCAACUGUCAGCAUGGAUCCUACAGCAUAUCCCUACCAGUUCCAGGAUGAUCCCUACCUCUAUCCCAGGACCUCUUCUCAGUUUAAGCUGUACUCUCUGUCUCGUGAGUCCGGCAAAUCUGCAGCCAAAUACUUUAUUGACAGCAAUCCCAAGUUCUUCACCAAAGACUUUGCUGAACCACAUAUACCAUGUCUGAUGCCAGAGACUGUGUCACUGCGUCUUGAGGAGGUGAGUGAAGAGGCUCUGAAAGAACGAAUCAGCUUGAGGAAAGUUACAGCUGCUGUUGACAUGUAUGAUCAACUCAUACAGGCUGGCACAGCAGUCUCUAUGGAAACGUGCCAUGACCUGUUAGACCUGAUCUGUUUCUACUGUGACAGAGAUCCUGUCCAGAACAGAGGACCACAAACAGAGGACACAGAGGACUCAGGAGAGGAAGCGAAGAGAAGACGAGGGAGAGCCCACCAGGUGUCAGACUUCUUCAAGUCCACCUGGAAAGAAAACCACAACGCAGAGAGAAUCUUUAACCUGCUGCCCGAGAGAGACACACAGUGUUACUCUGCUCUGAUCAGAGGCAUGGUGAUGCAUGGAGCCUCUGCGAAGGCCUUCAGCUUGUACACCGACAUGCUCAACAACAGACUGACCGCUGACGUCCACAUCUUCAACGCUUUGAUCUCAGCAGCUCCAGAUGUCAGAGAAAAAUACCUUGAGAGAUGGGACGCCAUCACUGAGCUUUUGAAGCAGAUGAGGCAACAGAAAGUCCAGCCCAACCUGAUGACCUUCAACAAUGUCCUCAAAGCUCUGAGACGCUGUGGCUUUCUGGCCAAAUCACAAGCUCCACACGUUAUAAACGAGAUGACGGCUGUGGGAAUAGCUCCCAGCCUGGCCUCCUUCGACCACAUCCUGACAAUCUUUUUCAAAGCAGCCUCCUCUGGCCAGAGCAGCCCUGCCAUUUUAGAGGAAAUAAUGUCAGAGCUGGAAGGAACCAGCUUCACCUGCCGGGACCCUGAUGAUGUUAGAUUCUUCUCAAAUGCAAUGAAAGUGUGUCUGGAUAAUAAAGAUCUGGAGUUGGCUUAUAGGGUCCAGAGUCUAGUAGAAGUCGGGCAGAACCGGAGACUUUUGGGCGAUUUCUACCAACAGAAUCUUUACUAUGGUCACUUCUUCAACCUGCUGUGUAUGAUGGAGAACAUUGACACGGUGCUGAAGUGGUACAGGCGGCUCACUCCCUCGUUGUUUUACCCAAACCCUCAUGGAGUGAGGGAGCUGCUGCAGGCUCUGGAUGCAGACAAUCGCCUGGACUUGCUGCCCACUAUAUGGAAAGAUAUGUGCUCUCUGGGUCAUGAUAAUAAGAAUAAUCUGGUGGAGGAGCUGGUCGCCCUGAUGGCCAGAGACCGACACAGUCCUGAGGUUCAGGAGUCUUUUGCAGAAUGUGCUCUGGAUGUAAAAUCGGCGUACACUGGAGACAAAGGGAGGUCUGGUCUGGAGUGGAACAUCUCCUCCCUGUCACACAUCACCUCCCUGCUGCUGCGAGCCAACAAGACCCAACAGGCCUGGGACAUGCUGCAACUCUUCAAAUCCGAGAACAGAGUUCCUCCUGAGGAGCUGUUAGAGGACUUCCUGUCAGUGUGUCGCAGCGAUGGCUCUGCCCAAAGAGCAGUGGAGCUGGUUCAGCUGUCUGCAGCCUUCUGUCUGUCUGCAACACCGAAGCUGGCCAAGCAAACACUGGCUGACUUUAAUCUGACUGAGAAUCAAAGAGCUGUAUUGUCUGAACUGGAGUCUGCAGGAGAGCCCAGUGACUGAAAGAGACAAUAGUGGGUGAACCACUAUGAUUCUGAUCCAUCGAUACAAAAAUCUGACAAGCCCUUAGAGAGUGUACUUGAUUUGUUAUUUGUGUAAUGAACUGUAUGUCACAUAAAUAAAAUCACA